AUGUCGGAUCAGUCAUGUGAUCAGCUGUGUCCAAUCACAGCUGAUCACAUGGCACUGAUGAUCAGUGUGCCCUGAUGAUCAGUGUGACCCCAGAAGUGCCACCUGUCAGUGUCCAUCAGUUGCAGCAGUCAGUGCUCAUCAGUGCCAUGUGCCAGUGCCCAUCAGUGCCACAUAUCAGUGCAUACCAGUGCACAUCAAUGCCACAUAUCAGUGCCCAUCUGAGCUGCCUUUCAAUGCCACCCAUCAGUGCCAGUCAGUGCCACCUAUCAAUGCCAAUCAGUGCCACCUAUCAGUCCUGCCAAUCAGUGCCACCUAUCAGUGCCAGUCAGUGUCGCCUAUCA